CGCAGCCCUCGCUGCCUCCCCGCCGCACCCUCGGCAACCAGCCCGUUCCCUCGGCUCAGCGCCUUGAUCUGCCGCCGCCGGCGGGGGCCGGAGAAAUGGUUUUAUGGCGUCUAGGAAUCGCUUUAUGGUCUGGCUUUGAACUGCGGGGAAGCGGCCGCCGGGUGCAGGCGCCUCGGGCUUGCGGGAGUGCGCCGGGGUGCCGCGGGGUCAGCGCCCGCGCCUGGGCCGCCCCUCUCCGGCUUCCACCGGGCUCUGCUGCCCUGCGGCUUUGGCCGGGGAGGCCCCUUCUUCGGGGACCUGCCCGUUCGGCAGUGUCCAUGCCUGAGCUCGCCCCGCCUCGGGCUCGCACCAGCGGAAGAUUUCUGAAUGACAAGUCUCUUUUAAUGUUGUUUCCUGGGCUGCUGGCUGCAGUUCUCCCGCUGCAGACAAGGGGGUUUCUGUGCAGGAGAAGACGGAAAUUUUAUUUAUACCUUGGGAAGCGCUUCUGCAGGGAGCCCCGGGAAGGGAAGAAAGGUGAGGCGUCUGGGAGCCGCGUUUGCAUCAGAAGAGCCUUUCAACUGCUCUGUCUCUCACCUCCUGGACCUCAGCACAGGGGUAUAAGUUCUUGAUGCCAGUGAGCUUCACCACAGCCCUUCGUGUUUUUGGUACCAGCCUCUUCGCCUUGGUGGUGCUGGGAGGCAUUCUUGCAGCCUACAUCACUGGAUACCAGUUCAUCCACACCGAGAAGCACUACCUCUCCUUCGGCCUGUAUGGUGCCAUCCUGGGCCUUCACCUCUUCAUCCAGAGCCUCUUUGCCUUCCUGGAGCACCGGCACAUGCGGCUCGAGGGGCGGCCCCUGAAGCUGCACCGCUCUGUGGCGCUCUGCAUCGCCGCCUACCAGGAGGACCCUGACUACCUGAAGAAAUGCCUGCGCUCAGUGAAGCGCAUCUCCUUCCCCGACCUCCAGGUGGUGAUGGUGGUGGAUGGCAAUGGCCAGGAUGACACCUACAUGCUGGAGAUCUUCAAUGAGAUCCUGGGCUCCGAGAAAACAGGCUGCUACGUCUGGAAGAGCAACUUCCAUGAGAGGGGAGAGGGCGAGACGGAGAGCAGCCUCCAAGAGGGCAUGGGGCACAUCCAGCAGCUGGUGCGGAACAGCACCUACUCCUGCAUCUUGCAGAAGUGGGGGGGGAAGCGCGAGGUGAUGUACACAGCCUUCCAAGCACUCGGGGACUCCGUGGACUACAUCCAGGUGUGUGACUCAGACACGGUCCUGGACCCGGCCUGCACAGUGGAGAUGCUGCGCAUUUUGGAGGAGGAUCCGCAGGUGGGCGCAGUUGGUGGAGAUGUUCAGAUCCUGAACAAGUAUGACUCGUGGAUCUCCUUCCUGAGCAGCGUGCGGUACUGGAUGGCCUUCAACGUGGAGCGGGCCUGCCAGUCCUACUUCGGCUGCGUCCAGUGCAUCAGCGGCCCCCUGGGCAUGUACCGCAACGCCCUCCUGCAGCAGUUCCUGGAGGACUGGUACAAUCAGAAGUUUCUUGGCAGCAAGUGCAGCUUUGGGGAUGACCGACACCUCACCAAUCGUGUCUUGAGCCUUGGCUAUAGGACUAAGUACACCGCCCGCUCCAAGUGCCUGACCGAGACGCCCACCAAAUACCUCCGCUGGCUCAACCAGCAGACGCGCUGGAGCAAGUCCUACUUCAGGGAGUGGCUCUACAACGCCUUAUGGUUCCACAAGCACCACCUCUGGAUGACCUAUGAGUCCGUGGUGACUGGCUUCUUCCCCUUCUUCCUCAUUGCCACGGUCAUCCAGCUGUUCUACCGUGGCCGCAUCUGGAAUAUCCUCCUCUUCCUCCUGACCGUGCAGCUGGUGGGGAUCAUCAAGGCCACCUACGCCUGCUUCCUCCGGGGCAAUGCAGAGAUGAUCUUUAUGUCCCUCUACUCCCUGCUCUAUAUGUCCAGCCUCCUGCCAGCCAAAAUGUUCGCCAUUGCCACCAUCAACAAGUCGGGCUGGGGCACCUCUGGCCGCAAAACCAUUGUGGUCAACUUCAUCGGCCUCAUCCCCGUUUCUGUGUGGGUCGCUGUCCUGCUGGGAGGCCUGGCCUACACAGCGUACUGCCAGGACCUCUUCAGCGAGACGGACCUGGCCUUCCUCAUCUCUGGCGCCAUCUUGUACGGCUGCUACUGGAUGGCGCUCCUCAUGCUCUACAUGGCCAUCAUUGCCCGGCGCUGUGGGAAGCGGCAGGAGCAGAGCAGUCUGGCUUUUGCCGAGGUGUGACAGGUGGGGGGGCUCUGGAUGAAGUGGGGAAAGUGCAAUGGGAAAGGAUUAGUGCUGCCGCCAUGCAUUGUUUGGGGGCAGCCAGGUGGAGGGCGGGGGAGGAGAUGGGAUUUUAUUUGUGGGUUUUUAAAUUGCUGUCCAAGGAAUGAGUUCCUGGGCUAGUGAGUCUGAAUGCCACCUGAAGAGAAGCUGCCUGUUGUCCAGCAGAGAACGCUCCAAGUAGCCUGGGCCACGCACACCCACCCACAGGUGCGGUGACUCCAGUGUUUUGAGGCCCAUUCUACUGCUGGAGGAGUGGGGAAUCCCCUGAGGCAGCUUCUGGCCUCUCCAACAUUUGCGAUGGCUCCUGUGGAGAUUCCUGUCUGCCACCUGCCAGGGCAAAAAAUCCUGCUGUGGGAGCUGCACUGAGCUCCAUUGGUGGAGAGGCCCUGGACCGGAGGUGGGAGAGGAGGCAUUGCCUGCAGACUCCAACCUGAGCAAUAAGGCUCCAGGGGAGGCCUGAUCCCCAGGAGCCAGCGAGGGACGGGAGUACUCACUGAAAUGAAUUCAUACUUUAAAAGAAUCCAAGUUUGCCAACACUCCGUCCUGCCCAGUGGAUCAGGAGCUGUCUAGCUGCACUGGCAGCACAGCUGGUGACGCAGUAAGCUGGCCGCAAUGUGUGCCCCUGGAGGCCGGGGACUUGGUUCCUGCCUGGGGCCCGCAAAAGAGGCUGAGAGGGGCACUGCUUAGCCAGAGCCAGGGCCUGCUCCGAGCUAGGCUCAGUCAGGUCCCUGUGCCUCUAGUGCUGGUCCAUGAGCUCUGGCAGUGGAAACUGGCCCAUGGGAGUCGAGGCUCACGAGGUCCAAGCAGGCGAAGGCCGCCCCCCCAACCCCUCCCCCCAGCCAGAAGGAGUGCCCCAAAGUCUCUGCAGGCAAAGCUGUGCUUGGCAGGCCAAGAGCUCCCGCCCUUGUGCUUUAGAGCCCAGACACUGGAUUCCCUGGCAGUCUGGCAUUCUCCCCAGGCAGGAAAGUGGUCCAUAAAUAUUCAAUAUAUUUAAGAGGGCAGAAAUCUUCCCCCUCCCCCGCCCCCCACUCCCUGCACAGGACUGGCUGCCUGUGGAUUUAAUGCUGUGAACUAUGGAGUGUUCCCUGGGGCUCUCCUUUCUCUCCUGAGGCUUUGUGCUGGGAAGGGGGGGAUCCUAAUGCUAUGGUGCUUUGCUAAGGACACUGCGGUCCUUUCCCUGAUGCGGUGAAGAGAGAUCUCCACCUUGACAACAUGACUUUCCAAAGCAGGGGGAAGGAGCCUCCCCUGUGAGGGCCCAGCUGGCAGCAGUUGGGCCACCUGAACAUGACCUGGACUGGACAAUUCUUUGCUGUUCUGAAGUGGCUUCCUCAGUCAGGUACCACGUCCUUUUCCCUGAGCCGCUUGAAAACUCCAGUGAUCUUGGCCUCCCGCAGGGAUCUGCUGCAUGGCUGAGCGCUCUCCCAUGGCUCCUUCUGGCCCAAAGCCCUGGGCCUGAGUGGCAGUGUGAGCCCACGGCGGGGAUGGUGGUAUGAAUGGCUGCUCCUCUGUCCCUUCUGCCCGCUGUGCCGCUGACCCCCAGGCAACUCUUCCGUCCCAUUCCACACAGUGGGGCUGUGCCCUGGGGUCGCUGCAGGGGGGCAGUGGUGCGCGCUCCACCCAGCCCACGCCCUGGCGUGUCUGUUCCUCAAAGGCUGAGGCAGCAUGGCUCCAGCUUUAGCCUUUACUGUGCUCAGAGCAACGUCCAUACGACUGACACACCAGCAGCAAGGCCACAAGAGCAGUAACCCUCCCCAGCCUGCUGCUGGGGCCCUGUGUGUAAAGUGCCACGUACAGCUCGUGUCCUACGGUGCCAAAGCCCGCGGUAGGGUCACCUGGGGCCUCUCUUGGGAUGCCUGCCUCUGCCCCCCCAGUCAGUGUUACUCAGCACUUACGGGUGACCCGUGGGCAAGACUGUGCCAGCAGCUGAAGGCGAAGGCAGAAAGGUGAGCGGCUGCACUAAGGUUACAUGGCUUUGAGCUUUUCCCGUGGGCCCGCUGUACAAGGGGGAGCACCUUUGCAAUGGAGCUAGGCCAAGGCUGGCUGCCUCGGCUGGCGAUAGGAAUGGGGAGGGGGCAGCAUAAAGAUGGAGUUAGACGGUGCUUAUUACUUAGCCUCUCAGUGCUUCCCCUCCGCCCUGCUUGUCAGGUCAGGGCUCCUGGUUGUGUUGAGGGAGGCACUAGGACCACGCAGGAGGGCCAGGUCCCCUCUCUUCCAAGCCUGGCACUGCUACUCGAUCCCCGUCCCGUAAAGGUGAGGGAACGCCAUCCUUAGGGCGGCUCAGUACGGCCCUGCCCUGUCGUCACUGCUUUCAUGUGUCCGCACACAAGUAGACACAUGGUCUGCGCCCAGGGAGCCUGGGUACUAUUCCUGGCUCUGCCACCAAUGCAGGCAAACUUGGGCAAGUCUCUUCCCCAGCUGUGAGGGGGAUGGGGGUAUGUGGGCACCUUGGAAGACAGGUGCUCUCCCAGGGCAGUUAAUUAUGUGCUCUGUCUAUUCCAGGGGUUAGCACCGUUUGGUAUCUUCACUGUGGGCCCCACUGCUAAGCUAGCCUCCGCCAAGAGCCUCAGUCAGAAUCCCUGCCCCCGCUAGCGUCUGCCGCUGGUUGUGGUUUUAGCCCCACAUCCUCUCUGGUGCCCAGCCCUGAGCUGCUGCUCUAGCACCCGUGUGAGGAUAACUUGCCAGACAAAACCAAAGCGCUGCUCUGCAUAAGGGCGUCUGUGCCCAGUACAGCUCAGUGGGAGGGGCAGCGUGGAGAGGCAAAGGGAUGCUCAGGGAGGCCUGGAGCAAGCAGAGCCAGAGCAGGAAUGUAGCAAGUAAGAGUUUGCCCCUGUUGUCCUGGCUGAGGAGCCUCAUGCAGGGACUCCGCGAUGCCAGGGGAGGCUGAGGUAGAAGGAAAGCAGGGCCUAGAGUUUUGGGAACAGCCACCCAGCCUGUGCAGAAGGGAGUUUGGGAGGGCCCCUUCUGCUGAAGAAACACCACAAAAGCCCCUUAACCCCCUCUCCAGCUUCCACUCUCUGGCCCCUGGUGGGUGUUGGUAGGGUUUGAGGUUUGCCCCAUGGGAGAGCAGCAGCGAAUUCUGCCUCCUUUGCCAAAGAACAGAAGGGCAGUGAGAGGCCACAGUCAGCAGCAGCCUGCCAAAGAAUGGCUGCUGGCAGCUUCUUUGCCUACCCUCUACUCUGCCUGAGGAGUGCUCAGGUGGCUUUUUCCAGGGCCUGAAAGGGUGGCUGUAGCCAAAAAACGUAUUUCACACUGUGUCCUGGUGAGCUGGAUGCUGCAUCAGUCCUCCAGGAGCCUCUGCCAUGAGGACCCAAGCCAGUUAGUACCUCUACUGAGUAAUGCAAGGUGCUGUGCUGGGCACAAAGCUGGGUGCCAACUGCCCUUGCAGGGGACCCAGCCCCAUGGAAUAGUUUUGCAUGUUGGCUCAAGUCCCUGUGCUGCUCCUGAGCCAGGUUUAGUGGGCCAGGGGUUCCCCUAGUCUCAGGAGCUGCAGGGCAGAGGUUCCAGUGCCUAGGAGAGGAGCUAGCUUCUAAUCACCCCCAUCGCAUACAAGAGGGACAGGAGUCUGAGCUGAGAACACAUCCCCCACCCUGCCCCACAUUCUCGGUUGGUGUGCCACAGCAAAGCUGUUACUCUAGCUGUGGGCAGCACAUCCAGCCUGCAAGCUGCUGCUGUAGAAGCUUGUUGGCUGUAUGGUUCCUUGUGCCUGAGAGGAUGCUCAGCUGGGUCCCAGGGACCGUUAACGAGAGUACCUAACAAGGCACCAGCAGAGACUAACCUGCCAUGGCACCAGGCUGCUAAUGGCAAGGCAAAUGCUGAGGGCUGGGAUUCCAGCAGCUGGCCAGGCUGCUUGUCUGACACAGACCACAGGUGUGGGCAGUUACCUCAGGAAAGUGGAUGCCCCCAGCUCCCAAUACUGUAAUCAGCAGACACUGCUUGCUUUGCACCCCUCCUGAGCUAAUCACGGCUGCUUUGCUUUUGUGUUGGGUCCAGUCAGCUCUGCUCCCAGACUUCUGUGCUUUCUUCGGAGGGAGGGCCCUGGGGAUUGUACUCUAUGGGCUUCUGGAACAGGUGCCUCUCCCCGCAUGUCACUACAGCCUCCCCUCAUCUCAAGUGCCAGCGGGGGAGAGCCUGGCCUCCCUUGGCAUAUGUGGAGGCCUGAGCAGGGACCUGGCUUUGGAUCUAGACUACAGGUAUGUGCUCCCUUCUGGGCCUGGGAGAGCAGCUUCCACCCCUGCCCCUUCCAGCAGUGUCCCCACAUUCCUUGUGUGUAGCCUGGCUCCUGGCUGCACCACAGCUGUCUCCCUGGGCCCUCUUUUCAGGGCAAAAACCUUACUCCAGGUGAGUGUUUGGGGGGGUUUAUUUAAUACAGGGUUUUUAGGAGACUUUUUUAGCUCUUUGAUAUUUACACUUAUUGCUACCAUUGUUUGUAAAUCUAUUUAUUUUUUACCGUCAUUUUUUCAUUUUUUUUUAAAAGGUCUGUUUUUAUAUCACAAUGGAUUUGUCACAAUAAAGAGAUUUGCACACA